AUGGGUGAGGCAACCCGUGUUCGCGGACCUGCUGCGCCCGCCACCGCGGCGCCAGGAGUCGGCCCAUUGAGUUGCGCCAAUUGCCAUACUACCACCACGCCACUGUGGCGACGGGACGAUUCUGGGAAUAAUAUCUGCAACGCGUGUGGUCUCUACCAAAAGUUACAUGGGAGCAGGCGCCCCGUGACUAUGAAAAAGGCUGUCAUCAAGCGUCGCAAACGU